AUAUGUCAGCGGGAAGAAAUUUUCUUGAUUUGACCUUCUCCUCCGACUAUUCACGAGGUUACCGUGAUCCAAAAAAGUAGUACAAAUUGUACAAGGAGGAGACAGAGCGACACAGUUAGGACGUUGGCGGAGGAAAAAGAGAAAUAAAAAAUGCACCUGUUUAAUGCGGCGGCAGUUGUUCGAAUGGCAACGAGGUGUCAUUCGAACGGCCCCGUCCCUGGCCUGGGGGCAGAAAUAGCAUUUGGGACGGUGUCAUGGUUCCUCUACGCUGGUAUCUCUUGUUUCUUAGUACUCUUCGCCGGCAUUAUGUCCGGUUUGACAUUGGGCCUCAUGUCUUUGGGUCUCGUCGAUCUUGAGAUCCUUCAACGAAGUGGCACCCCCUCUGAGAAAAAACAAGCUGCUACAAUACUUCCUGUUGUUCAGAAGCAACAUCAGCUUCUUGUGACUCUACUUCUGUGUAAUGCUGCUGCUAUGGAGGUAACCACUGGAUACCUGUCUUUUUCAACCACUUUAGGAU